AUGUCCGAACACUCCUACAGAUUCGAUGUCAAGAUGACCUGCGGCGGCUGCUCUGGAGCUGUCGAGCGUGUUCUGAAGAAGGCUGAAGGUGUCAGCUCGUACGAUGUCAGCCUCGAGAAGCAGGAAGUCCUUGUGAAAGGUACUAUUGGCUACGAUGACCUUUUGGAGAAAAUCAAGAAGACCGGCAAGGAGGUUCGCUCUGGCGAGACUCUUGAGUGA